UGUGAUGUGGUGAGAAAAAAUAUUAAGAAGACCGGUCCGGCUGUGUACAGACUAUUUCCCGACCCGUCUACAAAAGUCUUCAGGGAGACCAUGGCAUCUAAGGAUGACAGUAUACCAAUUGAGAAACUGGGCGUGGUCAAUCUGCCGCAAUGGGAGCAGGGCUGGCAAAAGGCAAAGGACGCUGGGAAGGAUCCACAAUUCCAUGUCAAAAAUGUCCACCCGAUAUUCUCCAAGCACCUGGAACAGCUGACAGGAGGCAGGUCCAGACUGAAGUUCCUGUUUCCACUGUGUGGGAAAGCUAUGGACAUGAAGUGGCUUGCUGACCAGGGACAUACCAUUGUUGGUGUGGAUGGGGUGGAGGAUGCUGCAAGGCAGUUUUUUCAGGAGAACGCCAUUCAGCCAACAGUGACAGAUGUGCCUGCACUGAAUGGGAAACUUUACCAGGGAAUGGAAGGCAGGGUCUCAAUCUAUGUCUGUGACUACUUCAACUUCAGCAGUGAAGUCAAAGGCCAAUUUGAUGCCAUAUGGGACAGGGGAGCAUUCGUGGCCAUCAAUGAAGUUGAUCGGGAAAAGUACGUCCGACUCAUGAAGACCCUACUGAAGCCUAAUGGGAGGUGUCUGAUGGAAGUCUAUCAGUACGAACCUAGAUUAUUCCCAGGUCCACCUCACAAUGUGCCAGAGGAUGAACUAAAACAGCUUCUUGGUGAUUACGAUAUGGCCCUUCUGGACACUGGGGACCACACAGAAAGGCUGGGGAAACUAUGGAACCUUCCAUGGAUCAAGACAGCAUACUUUCUCAUCAAGGCAUCAAACUAAUGUGUGGUGAAGACUUCUCAAUUCCACUGAAUUUUAACAAAAGUAUGUAACGCACAUUAAGGUAUGAUGGCAAAUAGUAAUGCAUACCUAAAUUCAGGUUCAAGUCCGGAUUCAGUCCACAGGGUAAAGUUCAGGUCCAGACGUAGACGUCUGACAUGAGCACAGAUGGCAUGUGUGUGCUAGAAAUACUUUUUCAGAUACAUGUAAUAUUGCACGAUGGCAUAGAUUUUACAUGCAAUUUGAAAAAUACACACAUGCAAAACUUAUAUGCAGUCAGUUACUAGUGUGUAGUAAACACUAAUACAUCAGUAAUGAACACAAAAACAGAAAUGUUUUUCCAGCACAAAUUUCACGAUUGAUGGAAGGUUUAAGAUGGUUAAGAACAAAGUUUUUUUUGACCAAGCCAAAAUGUUUUUACAAGUCCUGGUCCAAGCCAGUGUACAGGGUUAUAGCACUAAUGGCAAGUUAAUGAAGUAAGACCAGUUAUACAACAUGUUUCUUAAAGUUCUUCUGUGGAGCAAGGCCUAAUGUGUAUAGAAGUAAACAUAUGAACAUAUAGAUAUAUUUGCCUCAUCACCUUAAAAAUGAACUUAACAAGAAAUUUGACCAUUUUAUCAAUUUCAACAAGAGUUUGUAGACCUCAGGCCUGCAUGAAAUGUAUUGGGUGUCUGUA